UAACUGCACUUUCAGCGUUGCUCAGCACUGGUACAUUGUUGAUACGAUUACGUGAAUAAUUUUUGCCAAGCGAAUUAAACUGCUCCAAUUAAUAUCCAGCCCAGGAUGUUCUCCCCCUCGCGCGCCCUUCGUCCGGCCCUGAGCCGCUGCUACACCCAGAUCAAGGGCGGACCCGUGUCCGGCGGCAGCAGCGCCAGUCGCGGAGCCAGUGCACCAGCAUCCGGAUCGGGAAGCACACCAUCCGUCACAGGACUGACCAGCAAUUGCGUGAAGCCCAACUCCGGACCGGUGGGGCCGGGUGCCUCCGUAUCCGGAGAAUAUAAGGUUCCAGAGUACUACUGUUUCAACCGUUUUAGCUACGCCGAGGCGGAGGUGGAGAUGGCCAAAUACCGCUGCCCGCAGCCAUCGGCGGUGAGGAAGUAGGCCAACCAGCUGUUGUUAAUGUAAAAUAAAACCAAAUCAGAGUCAGGCUUGUUCAUUAUAAAAAAAAACCUAUA